AUGCCAUUGAUUAAGUUUCCAACUGUAAAUGGGCCAAUUUUAGUUAAAAAAAUAUCGCGCAGUGGUGUCGUCAAUAAAAGAAAUAAAGUAUUAGAAGUUAAGCCUUUCACUUACACCUCCGUCUUUGAUCACAAACUGCUUUUUAUGAAUGAGGAAAAAAAAUGGUCGAACAUAAAUGGAUGA